AUGGCGCCUAAGAAAGGAGGCGGCGCGAAUAAACCUCGCGGGAACGCUACUGAGGAGGUGGAAGAGACGUUGCAGGCUGUUAUACUGGCAGAUACUUUUGAAACUAGAUUCGAACCUUUUACUCUUGAUAAACCUCGGUGUCUGCUGCCGCUUGCGAACACCCCGUUGAUUGAAUAUACAUUUGAGUUUUUGGCCAAUGCUGGUGUUGAGGAGGUUUUCUUGUACGGAGGAGCGCAUUCGGAUAAGCUAGAGAGCUACAUCAAUGCUUCAAAAUGGAGAGCUCCAUCUUCGCCGUUCAAACAGUUUACCUUCCUUAAAUCCACCUCAACAUCAGUCGGAGAUGUUAUGAGAGACCUCGACGGAAAACACCUGAUUACUGGUGAUUUUCUUGUCGUGAGCGGCGACGUGAUCAGCAACCUACCCAUCGAAGGCGCCCUGGCGAAGCACCGUGCCCGCCGAGAGAAAGACAAGAACGCGAUCAUGACUAUGAUCUUGCGGGAAGCAGGCAGGAAGCACCGGACAAAGGCUUCUUCUGUGUCACCUGUUUUUGUUGUGGACCCGACCAAGGACCGUUGUCUACAUUACGAAGAGAUUGACCACCACUCCCCUGAAUCAUCUCGCCUGAACAUCGACCCUGAGAUUAUUACGACCUUCUCUGAAAUUGAUAUCCGUCAAGACCUGAUUGAUUGCAAUAUUGACAUCUGCACUCCGGACGUCCUGAGUUUGUGGUCCGAUAGUUUUGAUUACCAAACGCCGCGAAAACAAUUUCUCUACGGCGUCUUGAAGGAUUACGAGCUGAACGGGAAGACGAUUCACACACAUAUCGUUGAAGAUCACUAUGCUGCACGGGUCAGAAACCUGAAAGCGUAUGAUGCCAUUAGCAAGGAUAUCAUUUCUCGAUGGGCCUAUCCUUUGUGUCCUGACACGAACCUUCUUCCUGGCCAUAACUACGAACUUCGAAAGGGCACUCUGUAUCAGGAACAGGAUGUGACCUUAGCUCGUUCGUGCGUUGUAGGUCGACGGACUGUCAUCGGCCAAGGAACCAGAAUUGGCGACAAGACCACUGUGAAGGAUACAGUAUUUGGGAGGAAUUGCAAUAUUGGAAAGAACGUCACUUUAGACGGUGCGUAUAUUUGGGACAAUGUGGUCAUUGGAGAUGGCACAACUGUCCGCAAUGCCAUCAUUGCAAGUGAUGUCGUAAUAGGGAGCAACUGCACAGUCAAGCAGGGGGCUCUCUUAUCUUUCAAUGUGAAAAUUGCCAAUGAUGUGACCGUCAGCGAGGGGAGGCGGAUAACGACUGCGCCAGGGGAGGAUGGCGCCUCGCAAGCCAGCGAUCCAGAGAUCGUAGGACAAGGUGGAGAAGGUUAUGAAUAUGUGCCCUAUGAUGAUUCAGACGACGAGGAUGAAGAUGAAACAGCUAGCAAUGCUUCCUCAGGCCUGAUCUACAAUAUGGCAAACCUAUCUUUAUCAACAGAUUCGAUUUCCACCCUAUCCUCGGAGAUUUCAGACUACGGCGGAUCCCGCGCCGGAAGUUUCGCAACCUCUAUGUCUGACGAUGAAGAACAGGAUUCUCAUUUUGUUCAAGACGCUGCAGCCAGUGUUUACGACAGUUUGCGAGAUGGCGUCACAUCAGAUGUGGUACAAUUAGAGUUGGUCAGUCUUCGGAUGACGGCAAACGCCUCCGACCACGAGGUCCGACGGGCCGUCACUUCCGCUUUCAUGAAGCGCGUGGCGCAGUUGAUGGAAGGUGGCCAGGGAGCAGGAGAUGCCGUUCACGACAUCUUGAGCAAAUACCCCGAGAUUAUGGAACGUGCAUUAUUCGACCGGGACAGCACCAAGAAGCCCGAUCAGGUGGAUUUGCUGGUUUUGUUCCAGCAAGAUCUUGUCCACCGUCCCCGCGGCGAAACUGUACUCUUAUUUGUGGCCAAGGAGUUAUAUGAACUGGAGAUCGUUGAGGAGGAGGCUUAUGACCAAUGGUGGGCGGACGAGCGGUCCAACAGCACCGAGGAAAUGCGCAAGGUGCGCAGUCAAACGCAGCAGUUCAUCGAUUGGCUUGCCAACGCCGAGGAGGAGGAAAGUAGCGAGGAAGAAGAAAGUGAUGAUGAAUGA